AGUGUAGCGUCCGUAGCAGCGAAAUUAUGAUGAGCGGCGAAGGCAGGUUCGGGUUUAAGUUCAAGGCUUGAUCAUUGUAUGUGAUUUGGAAUGGGGCUCUACGUUGCUUCAGAACUGGUGUUCUUGGUAAUCAUACUCAUCCUAAACAGCAGACAAGCUCAAGGCGUUUUACAAUUCACCCAAGCCCCAAGUAAUCAGGCCGUACUCUUAAACCAGGCCCUCUGGUGGCAUUGCAUUGCCAGGGCCAGCAUCGGCAGCCAGGAACCAACCUACUCCUGGGUGCGGGACAGUCAGACGGUAAUUGGUGGCAGUGAAGGAUUGGCUGUGUACUCAAACGGGACCUUGUACAUCGAGAGGGUGACCCAGGAGUUGCUGGGGAGCUAUCGGUGUAGGGUACAGAGCGGAGUACAGAGGAUCGAGAGUGAUGAAGUGACAUUGGCUUUGGCAAGUCUUGGCGUUAGCUUCACAGCAAGCCCAAACAGUGUAACCCAAAACCUAGGCUCCUCCCUCUCACUCCAAUGCUCCAUAGCAAGCAUUCCCAUGGCAACCAUCACCUGGCAACUCAAUGGAGAUGACAUCUCCAUGACAACUGAUAUCAGCACAUCAGAGGUGGGAGGAGUCACGACAAGCGAGCUAGAGGUCAAUGAGCUGGAUCACCAAUAUGGGGGUAGUUAUCGUUGUCUGGCAACCAAUCAACUUUUGAUUGGUUUAACAAGAUACAGCUUGUUGGGAGAAGUGACUCUAAUAGGUCGACCAGGUUUCUCUAUUACUCCUGAACCUGUUACAGUGGUCUUAGGAGGGACUGCUACAUUUCUAUGUGAGGCAAAUGGAAGCCCGGCAUCAACUGUGGACUGGCUUAAUCCACAAGAUACUGUCAUUUCAACCGGCGGUAGAUUUACAGCUACCUCCUCACGGCUCACCAUCACAAACUCCCAGCAGUCGGACAGUGGGUACUACACCUGCCGGGCUACCAAUGCCUGGGGAGAGAACACGGCAUCUGCCUUGCUCACUGUCACCGACCCAACCCAGGAGAUCAUCUUUAUUGAAGUGCCGCUUGAUCAGUCUGUGGUCGUGGGAGGGAGGGUGACCUUCCCUUGCAGUGCUACGGGAAGCCCAACACCAACUAUUGAGUGGAGGAAGGAGUUGGGUGAUCUGCCCACUGAUAGGAUUCAGGAGCCAGCUAUAGGCUGGUUAAGAAUAACUGGUAUCCAGGUCACAGAUAGCGGGUUUUACGUCUGUAAAGCAAGCAACUCAAUCACAACAGUUUCUACAAGGGUUCAACUGAUUGUACAAGUGGCACCCAAUUUUACAGUACUUCCAGAAGAUUCCAUUGUAGAGACAGGAGGGGCAGCGUUACUUGAUUGUGAGGCUGAUGGCAUGCCCACCCCUGCUAUAAAAUGGAACACUCCAUUACCUGAACUAGGCAUGUUGAGUGCGUCUAGUGGACUGCAGUUCGGAGUGGAAGUGUUUUCUAAUGGCUCUCUUGCAAUUCCUUACGUCGAGAAUCGUCACGCGGGGACUUACGUCUGUUUAGCAUCCAAUACGGUAUCAUCUUCGUCAACAUCAACGUCCCUUACAGUUAGAAGUGCUCCUGUUAUCACAUCCUCUCCGAUCGACCAGACGGCUAUCGAGGGUGAGCUUGCUCGCUUCGAAUGCCGCGCUGCCGCCACGCCCACACCAGUCAUCACAUGGCUAUUCAACAGUCGACUCCUGCUGACUGAUAUCAAGUUUGAGGUACUUGGCAACGGAGAUCUUAGGAUUGAUAAUGUUGAGGAGGAUCAGGAUGGAGUCUACACGUGCAGCGCUGGUAAUGAGCUUGGAGUCAGGAAUGUUUCAGCGUAUUUGACUGUGUAUCUUCCUCCUCAGUUUGUUGUUCAUCCUGUUGACCUUACUGUUGACCCGGGGUCAAAGGUCAGAUUAGACUGUGAAGCAUCAGGUGACCCGAUGCCGUCAAUUCAAUGGCAGAAGGAUGGUAGCUCUCUAGUUCUUGAAACCAAUAUUGAAGUGCUUAGUAAUUCUAGUAUUGUAAUCGAUGGCUUACUGGAAACCAACACAGGGGAAUAUACAUGUAUAGCUACCAACGCAGCGGGGAGUAUCCAGGUCACUGCUACACUCUCCACUCCUGAUGUCCCCAAAUUCACCACUGCUCCUUCUAACACCACCGCCAACGAGUCUUACCCAAUCAGCAUGCGAUGCCGAGCCGACGCCCGCGAGACACCGAUCAUCUCCUGGUACCUGAGUGAUGCGGACGGUAGCCAAGGCGAUCGUAUCGGUCUCGGCAUCAAUCCCCCAGCGACAAGAGCAUCGCUGAGCUUUGUUUCGGUGGACGGUGACCUCGAGCUGAACCAGGUCACAAAGAGAGACGAGGGAUGGUAUCUUUGCUUAGCACAGAACAGCGCGGGCAGCAUCAGUGAGGUCGCCUAUCUCUCAGUCAAUGUCCCUCCUCAGGUAACCGGCACCAACACCCCUGUGAGUGCAAUGGAAGGGUCUGACUAUACUGUGCUCAGCUGUGAAAUUGAAGGGCAACCUACCCCUGACAUCACAUGGUUCCUUCCCAGUGAGGGGCCUGUUCCCACGGAUGCCACUAGCUACACCAGUAGCAUACAGGGUAACACUGCCUACUUGGUUGUGUACAGCCCUAAUGUGUCCCAUCACGAUGGUGACUUUGUGUGUGUCUUGUCCAACUUUCUUGGCAGUGCGAAUGCAACCGUCCGGGUUACCGUACAAGGUCGCCCUGUGCUUACUGCUGUAGAAGCAUUCCGAUCAGGUAUUAACAGCAUCACCCUCCGAUGUCAAACCAAGGGAGACCCCGCCCCUACCACCACCUGGCAGAAUGGGACCACACCCUUGCCACACCCAUCGGUGACCGGUCAUUCAGUAUCCCCUGAUGGGUCAUUGGUCAUCACCGGUCAGAGUGUUGGGGUGGAUGAUGUGUAUUCCUGUGUAGCUACCAACCAGUUUGGUUCUGUGACGGCGACACUUCAAGUUCCCGGACAGGUAGCCACACCCACAAUCUCUGACAUCACAUCAACCAGUCUGAAUCUCAGCUGGGCCACGCCCACCCCCACCAGUGACCUGCCAAUCACAGCCUACACUGUCCUAUACCAGGCUGAGUCAAGUAAUGAAUAUUCAUUAGCUGGAGAGACUGGUGACCCUUUUUACACAGUAGAAGGUCUGCAGCCCUAUACAGGGUAUCGGUUCAGAGUGCAGGCAGUGAAUGGACUAGGAGUGGGGUCGUUUAGUUCAGCUACCGGUCUUGUGUCUACAGCACAGGGAGCUCCAAGCAGACCUCGAAGCAUUGAAGUGACAGCGGUGGGAAACGUCAUCACAGUAACAUGGACAGCGCCAUCUAGGCUCAAUGGCAACACAGAUGAUAUCGUAUAUGAGGUUCUCGCCUACCCAUUGGAGAACGAGUCAGAUAUCACCAUGGUAACCGUAUCCCACAAUGCCAAUGAGCUUGGUGCCCUCGUCGAUAGCCUGGAGUACGUGACGGACUAUGAGGUCAAAGUUCGCGGGAACAGUGCUUUAAGAGAGUGGAGUCCCUAUGUAACUGCUCAGAUUACAACUGGAUACCAAGCUCCGACAUCAGCCGUGGAAAACUUUAGUGCAAAAGCAAACAGCUCAUCCUCAAUAUGGCUUGUGUGGCAGCCGACCAACGAUGAAACCUUUGAAGCGUACCUCAUCUCCUUCCGUAUCCUUAACUCAUCUGAUAUGGCCCCAGACGUUGCCCUGACGGCCCGGGAAGCAUCCUCCUAUCUCAUUGUUGGUCUACCUAGUGACACACCACAUGGAGUACGCAUGGCAUAUCAGAAUGCAGGAGGGCUGAGCCCGUUCACACGGGAGGUUAUUGUUACUACGCUAUCAGAUGAAACUACCGCAGAUCGACUCCAAGGUGGUGGUAUAAACGGUGGUAUCAUAGCAGCUAUUGUGUGUGGUAUCUUAGCUGUACUUCUUAUCCUAGCUUUACUCUCUUUUGGAAUGUUAUACUGGAAGAGAAAGAAUGAUGAUUGGUCUGGACAAAGUCACUUCAAUGUGGAUUCACUCUGGAUCAACAGACGCGGCGGCUCACAGAAAGGUGUCUACGACCUCUCCAUGGUCAACGAGAACUUCUCACCGGACGAGACUGGUAUGUCGUCCGACUCUGCAUACGAUCUGGGCGGGGCUGGAGGAGGGAGGAGAGGAGAUUCUUUAGAGGUGUCACCAAGAUCAGAAGCAUCAGAAGGAGAUGAGAAGGGAAAGAAGAAGAAAAGGAGAUGGAAGGGCUUCCCUGAUGUCAUUUACAAAAACCCUGAUAAUCCUGGUGUAGUGUUGGUCAGUCAGGCAGUGAUAGGAGAUGUAUCACCACCCCCAGUACAAGUCAACAAAGAAGAAGUCCUUUCAGAAGAUGAGGCUGAGCAAAGCGAGCCAAGACCCUUAAGUUUGGCAGAAGACUCCCUUCCACUCAGCUUCGACUCUACAUUCGAUAGGUCAGUCGGAAUUGAGGAAAACAUUUAUGUUGAGGUUGGAGAAGCCGCCACCGAGAGUCCUCCUCCUCUCAACACAAAUCCCCAUGGCAACGAAGGAGACUCCAGAGGCUUGUCGCCCGAGUUCCCGGUCUUCCCGAACGCUGAUGACAGCGUCAAGCUCUCGGACGAUCUCCACGUCGACCGCAAGCUGAUGAGGAAGAUGGAGAGGAAAGCAGAGAGAGAGCAGGAGAAGAAAGCGAGGAAGAAGGAGAGAGAGAAGGAGAGGAGGAAACAGAAGGAGACGGAGAGAGAAGAAAAGGAGAGGGAUAAGAUGUUUGGUGGAGGAAGGAGGAUGUCCGGUGGGAUCGGGAAGAUUUUCAAGAAAAAGAAAUCGGAUGAGAUUCCGUACCCCGAGACGAACUUUGGUAUAACCACGGAGAGACAAGUCGAAAAUGCUGGAAUGUUUUAAAGAUUACACUAAACUUUGAAUACCUUUAUCAUGCACACUGUAUGUGUAGUCCAGUCCAGGUCUGGUUUGACUUGUUAUGAAGUACUAGAGACACCACAAUUGUAUUAUCAUGGGAUACUACUUUUAGUAUUGCAUAUGAGUAUUCAUUUUAAACUUUAUAUACACAAGUUGUAUUACAUAUCAUCUCAAAUAUUCACUGCAUUAUAUGCAUAUCUCGGUUACUUAUAUCCGUUUAUUAUUUUCAUGCAUUCCUUUGUACUUGUAGUUUGGUGAAUAUAUACCAGGUUUACACUAAAUUGGCAUUUGGUUCAGAACCAAAAACCGAUGCAGGAAUCGGCUUUUGGUUUGCGUUUACAUGUUGUUACAGCUUACGGUUCAGAACCGCGAGCCGAUGCAAAAACAUGAAAUGAUACGC